CCUAGUGUAAGUACCUUGGACUGAGCGAGUUAGUACUGCAAGGCCAACACCGACACACUCGCGCCACACUACCGACAACCCGUCGUUACAUGUUUUCAACGGCAGUCCGACGCGUUUCACGUCUGACGCAACGCACGAGAUUCAUCCAAACCGAUGCUACGGUCAACGCUGCGGAAAUCGCCCACUUUUCGCGUCUGUCCUCACAAUGGUGGGACGAGAACGGCGAGUUUGCGCUCCUUCACCGUAUGAACCCCGUCAGAGUGCAAUACAUUCGCGAGAAAUUGAUAGAAAUUGCACGCGAAGAAAAAGGAGAGGAUGUCGCUCACGAGAUGGAACAACGUAGGGACGCUUUUCGAGGUCUGAGCAUCCUAGACGUCGGAUGUGGAGGUGGGCUAUUGUCUGAGAGCUUGGCCCGGUUGGGCGCACAGACAUUGGGCAUUGACGCUUCCGAGUCCAAUAUUCGCAUUGCGUCUACGCAUGCGGAUGCAGACCCUCUCUUGUCCUCGUCUUUCCCAACUAGCAGCUCACUUCAUUACCGGAAUACAUCUGCCGAGCAGCUUCUGAAAGAACCCGAACGGUUUGACGUGGUAUGCUCUAUGGAAGUCAUUGAACACGUCGAUAACCCGACUGCGUUCCUAGCUACUUGCGCUGAGCUCGUCAAGCCUGGUGGCCACCUCUUUCUCUCAACGAUCGCUCGUACUCCGCUAGCCUUUUUGCUGACGAUCGCAGCGGCUGAAUACAUGAUGCGCAAAGUUGCCAUCGGCACGCAUACCUACUCCAAGUUUGUCAAUCCCUCGGAGCUCAUUUCGUUCUUCCAAUCGUACUCGUCGCCAUCGAUGACAAGUAAACAACCGUGGAUAACUCGUACAUAUGGUGGUGGCCAGCCCACGCGGAAGGAGGCGGAAGUACGGGGCCUGAUCUACAAGCCUUGGAGUGGAGACUGGGAGUUAAUGUCGCGCAGCGCGUCGCAGUGGGGUGCAGCAGAAUGCAACUACCUCUUCUGGGUACGAAAACCUUUCACAAGUUAACUUGUCUGGUAGUACAGUUCAGGUAAAUGAACGUAAGCUAUUGGCAAAGCACGCUCGGUAUAAUACAAGCUGUAGUAUAAUGCACAUAAGGUUAGAAUAAUUACCGGUACGGACAGCAUGCCCUUGACUUCAUCCGGUCUGAUAUCAUUCAGGUAUUAGCAAGAACACCAUUCCUUCAUGACAUCAACCUUUCGCCCCAUAGUAAUCUUUGCCGGUGAGCUCGGUAUGCUCCACCGAUAGCAGCCCAGAUAAUCCACAAGAACGUAACAACGGCGACGCCAAAAAGCAGUCGCAUAGUCAGUUUCCAUCUCCAAGACACUGGUGCAGAGGACGUGAAUAUGAUCAAUCGCCACCGUUCAUGGAAAUCGGUGUUUAGCCACAUAAGAUCAUGAACAAGCUGCUGAGCCUUGUAUGUAGAUUUCAAACAUUUAGUUACAGACGGUAAUAGAAGAGACAUACCCACCUUCAUCCGGCCAGAAU